AUGAAAUCAAUAUUAGUCGAUAAAUUGUCGAAAGUUUGGGGAAAAGUUCCGGUCAUAUCCAAUGACACCAAUAUUGAAAUGGAACCAAGAGAAGUCGAUGAUACAGUUGCACACGAAGAAGAAAAAAAAGAGAAAAAUUUGGAUGAAAAUGAAAAUAAUGUCGAUAAUGUUGUGCUGAGAAAUAUCGAAAACCUUGAAAAUGCAAAUUUUUCAUUAAAUGCAACUGCUGAACGCUUGGCGUGCAACGGCUGCAAUCAAUCAAAAUUUGAAAAGAGCAAAGGCAAAACUCGUAGCAAAAUUCCAUCCAGCAUAAAAAAAACGAAAUAUGAACAUGGUUCUAUAACAAAACGGUUCCUUGAAAAACAUAAAAAAUGGAUCUCUAAGGCACCUAAUAUAGUUGAGGACGCAAAGAGGAUUAAGCAAAAAUUUGAUAAACACGAAGGAGAAGUUCCUCCUCUAUUCAAACGCUUGGCUACACCAAUGAAAGCCAAAAAGGCUAUUUUAAAGCCUUCACUGGCUAGGACGAUUAUUAGCUUGAAUGAACCUGAAGGCAACGUAAAAAUUCAAAAAGUGCUACAAAAUGAGGAUGAGAAAGCGGGUUACUCUUUACGUCAUGAACGAGUUCGUUUCGCUCCAUUACUCCGAACUGUUCCUAAAACUAUUCCUAUCACUAUCCCUAAAAUAUCGGAACGAUUAGAACAAUUAGCGACACCGAAACGUAACAAUAUAGCGACAAAGAAUGCAAACGUUGCAAUAAAAAAGAAAGAAGUUCGAGAUAAAAAAGAAAUAUAUAAAGCGCGGAAUGGUCGUUUAAUUCCUUACGUUGAUACUACUUUGAUGAGUGACGCUCAAUUCGAAGAAGCGAAAAGAACUGGAAAAAUAAUAAGUCUAACAUCACUUAAGAAAACACGACUUCAAGCUCGACAACAACUGAAAGAAACGCGCAUAACAAAUAGAGACGCAAUUUUGAAUAGAAAAAGAGGACUACCAAUACUACCAACAUAA